CUUUGGUAAUGUUAUUGGCGGGAGUUAGUUGCGUGACAUUUACUGGCAACUGUUAGAGGUGGUGAGAUUGAAAUGAAUUCCUUUGAGAAGCCACUCAAUCCUUUCGUUUGUAGCAGUAAUGAUGCACUGGAACUGAAACUUGUUCGGAGCCCAGAAGACUUGGAAGAUGAUGAUGCUUCAAUGAAACCAGAGAUGACUCAUCAGGUGUUUGGAGAUAAUGAAUCAAUAUUUGGAUAUAGAGAUCUCAAAGUAAAGCUUUAUUACACAGCUUCAAAAUUGACAACAUACUUGGGAAUGACUUACAAGGAGAAGAUUGACCCAGGCAGGAGUGACGGAAUUUGUGCUGAUGAUGUACUGGAGAAAAUGUCAAAAACCAUCCCUCCUGGAUAUUAUACAAAUAUAGAUGAUUUUUGUAGAGAGAUUACAAAAGAUUAUGAAUUUGUACCUUUGGGAACACUGAAGAAAUCCUUCACAAUUAAUAAAGAAAUAUCUGAAAGAGUUUUUGAGGUAUACGUUUGCGAUGUGUUGGUACCAGGUUACCAGGAUUACCAUGAAAGAUUACAAACAUUUUUAUUGUGGUACAUUGAUGCAGCUAGUUUAAUUGAUACUGAUGAUGAUCACUGGAGAAUGUUUGUAGUCUAUGAAAAAUAUAAAAUUGAUGGCAGUGCCAGGUAUGCUGUUGCUGGGUUUGCUACUGUGUAUGAAUUCUAUGCUUACCCCAAUAACAUCAGGCCUCGUAUUGGCCAGAUGUUGAUACUACCACCAUUUCAAAGGCACGGGCUUGGCAGUCAUUUAUUGGAAUGUAUUUAUGAAUAUUAUGUACCUAUGCAAGAGGUUGUGGACAUUACAGUUGAAGGACCAUCGGACGAAUUUCAACGCCUUAGAGACUUUGUUGAUGUUAGAAAUUGUGUGAAGUUAAUAAAUUCACAACCAGAUGCAUUAAAGGAAGGAUACCAAAAAUUUUGCAGUGUAAUAAGUCCUCUGAAAUUAAGUAAGAAACAAAUGAGAAGGGUAUAUGAAAUUUUAAAGUUGCUUUUCACCAAUGUUAAAAAUCCUGAUGAGUACAAGCAGUACAGACUGGAAGUCAAAAGAAGACUUAACAUCCCAUACCAGAAAGGACAGGAUGAAUACAAGAAAAUCCAGAAAUUUUUCAAUGAUACAGAGAAUAAUGAUGAACAUUCACCUAUCGUACCCCUUACAGAUGAACAAAGAAUGGAAAAUUUAGACAGAGAAUACCAAGAAUUGGAAAACCAGUAUCGACAAAUUUUGCAGCGGCUCUCCUUAUUAUAAACUACUUCAAAUGAAUCUAUAUGAAAAGAUCUGCAGAUUCACCGCAAUUACUUGUGUACAGAAGACUUAAGACUGGACAUACACACCUCAUGCACUCAAUGUAAAACUUGGUCCAUAAUCAGUUUUCCUGUAGUGACCUCCCGCAGUUCUCAGAAGACUGAGUAUGAAUAAGUUAACCAUUCAUUGAAAGUGUGGAAAACAUGUUGUUAUACUAAAUGUUUUAACAUAGUUAAGGCUUUAAUAUGAUAGAAUUUAAAUAUUUUUGUAACUGUUAGUCAGUACCCAUUAAGCUAUAUUUGCACAACAUGAAGUUUUCUUUGUUCAGAGGCACCAAAGUACUUUUUAUGUGUUAAGUUUCAGAACUGUAUUCUUACGUUGAGAAGUACUUUUAUUAAUAUAAUCUACUUAAAUACUGCACAAAAUUGCAUGUACAUUUUGAUGAAACCUACAAAAAUAUUUAAUUGGCUUCAGUCAUUUCCUGCAGAGGUAGAUGGGAAACACAGUUUACAAAGUGUGAAGAAAGGGUAGGAAGCAGACUAAGUGAUACUGCACAUUUGGGAAUUGAAAACUGCAAUUCAUUGCUAUGUACAGAAAGCAAUGUACAUUGAAAAUCCACCAGGAAAAUAAGUGAAACAUUUCUGAUAAACACAUUUAUUUAAAUACAUUCCAUAAUAUACACUACAGUAAUAUAGACUGCUUAGCCCAGACAUGGAAUUUGGUUCCAGUUGCAGGUUGCUUAUUGAAUAGCUUGCAGUGCCAACGAACAUUUGAUUUUCAAUAUUUCAUGUUACUGACUGAAUUUAAAAUGCUGUCAUAACCUUCCUGUUAAGAGGUAUAAUCGUAUGUUAAAACUUUAGCACAAUAAGACAAGUACAACAGAAGUUCUUAGUAUUAUGGCAGUGUAACUAAUGAUGUGCAAAUUCCUGGACAUCAUUUGUCCAGUAUUUGAGAAUGAGAGCACUUAAUGACUUCGAACAAACUUUACACACAGUUUAAAACCUUUAUGGAACUUUUUGUGAUACCCUCAACAAAG